CCACCGGCGUCUUAUAUAAAAUUUAUCCACACUCCUCCAUCUUUUUCGGUUCCUUGCGGCCCACUGUGUCCCUCUGCCGGAAAACUCUCAAGUCUACCGACUCCUGAUCCGCCUGCUGAAAUGGCAAAGCCCAGAGUAUUCUUCGAUAUCACCGCCGGUGGGACACCAGUCGGCCGGGUUGUGAUGGAGCUCCGUGCUGAUGUUGUGCCCAAGACUGCUGAGAACUUCCGCGCCCUCUGCACCGGCGAGAAGGGCUUCGGCUACAAGGGCAGCUCCUUCCACCGCAUCAUCCCUGACUUCAUGUGCCAGGGCGGCGACUUCACCAACCACAAUGGAACCGGUGGAAAGUCCAUCUACGGCAACAAGUUCCCCGACGAGAACUUCUCCCUGAAGCACAACGGCCCCGGCACCCUGUCCAUGGCCAACGCCGGACCAAACACCAACGGGUCCCAGUUCUUCAUCUGCACAGCAAAAACAGCAUGGCUGGAUGGGAAGCACGUGGUGUUCGGCUCCGUGGUCGAGGGGAUGGACGUAGUAAAAAAAAUCGAGAGCUACGGCGACAACUCCGGCAAAACCAAGACCAAGAUCAUCAUCGCUGACUGUGGGCAGCUCUGAGCUCCAGCACUUAACCCUUUCUGCUCGCCCUGUAGCCACACCCCCUGUCUUUAGGCUCCGCCCACCCUCUCAUCUGCCAUUCAACAUUCCUAUUGAUGGUUGAUUCAACUGAUGCCCUCCUACCCCACCUGAACCCCCUCCCCCACCCUCCACCCUUUUUUAUUCUGUUCUUGAUGAAAUCAUGUUGCUGCAUUUGUGACUUUGCCUUUAAAAGUUUCUUUUGCAUUAACGUUUUUUCCCACAAAGUCCAAACGUUUUUUUUGUUAAGUCAAAAAAAUGAAUAAGAAAAUAAAACAGAAAAGUUGCCUUGACAA